AUGGACCACGCAGCGAUGGGACACGGCGACAUGGGACACGGCGGCAUGGGACACGGCGGCAUGGAUAUGGGGGAUAUGUGCAAUAUGAACAUGCUGUUUACCUGGGACACGACGAACCUCUGCCUCGUCUUCCGCUGGUGGCACAUCCGCAGCACCGGCGGACUGCUGAUCUCCCUCCUCGCCGUCGUCGGCCUCACCGCGUUCUACGAAGCCAUCCGAUCCGCAUCACGCAGGUACGAGAACAUCGUCGCUCGCAAGACCGGGGAGGCGCCUCCUGAGAAUAUACCCGUGCUUUCCCGCCGUGAAGAAGAUGUUGAAGCUGUUACUGAGAGGACGCCAUUCCUGUGGACAGGACGCAAUCAGGUCGAGGUUAACCGGCAGGCGCAUGUGAUCAAAGCCCUGCUCUACGCGCUGCAGACUUUCUACGCUUUUAUGUUGAUGUUAUUGUUCAUGACUUAUAAUGGAUGGGUGAUGGCUGCCAUGGCGGUGGGAUCAUUCGUGGGAUACCUGGUGUUUGGGAACAAUACGAGUGCGACGAAGGACACGGCUUGCCAUUGA